AUAUAUAUACCACGAAUUUUGGUCUAUUUUCUUCACAGUCAAUCUUUGCAACGUGGAAGACUCAGUGUUACCGCGUGCUUCGUACGGGAUGCAUUGUAAUUGCAUAGAUUGUUCAAUAAAAUAGUUACUCCAGACCUUUUCAUAACUGACGUUUAUUCGGUUCGUGAAUCUCGGUGACAUUCGACUGAGAAAUACUAAUGGCUGCGUUAAUUCCUGAUGUGAACGACGUGAGAGUGAAUGCAUUAUUCAGUUUCUCUAAAGAAUUUGGCCAGGAUGCAACUGUCUGCGUUUGUGCACCAGGUCGAGUUAACCUCAUUGGGGAACAUACUGAUUACAAUGAAGGGCACUGCCAAUGAUCACAGUCAUUGCUGGGAAAUCAAAUAACACGACGAAAUGCAAAAUUAUUUCACUGAGCGACGCCAUUAGUUUGGAGAGAGACGUUGAGUUCUCGACGAGCAAGGAAGAUCUUAAAGCUGGUGAACCAAAAUGGGCGAAUUACGUAAAGGGCUGCAUCGCUAACUUUCCUUGUACUGUGCCUGGAUUCGAUGCGGUGAUCCUCUCCACGGUACCCGUUGGUGCCGGUUUAAGUAGUUCAGCCGCUCUGGAGGUUGCGACGUAUACAUUUUUAGAAAAGCUCACCGGCCGUGUGUCUAAAAAACAAGAAGAAAAGGCUUUAGCGUGCCAACGUGCGGAACACGAAUUCGCUGGCGUACCAUGUGGUAUCAUGGACCAAUUUAUUUCAGUGAUGGGCCAAGAGGAUCACGCUCUUUUACUCGAUUGUCGUGACCUCUCCACCAAGCAAAUACCAAUGUAUGAUAUAAAUGAAUUUUUGUUUCUUAUAACAAAUUCAAACACACCGCACAAGCUGAGUUCUAGUGCCUAUUGCGAACGUAGAGAUGCCUGUUACGAAGCAGCCAAAGUACUUGGCAAAAAGAGUCUCCGGGAAGCCACUCUGGAUGAUCUUCAAGUUCUCGAGAUUCAGAAGAUGCCAGAAUACGUGGUCAAAAGAGCGAGACACGUAAUCACAGAGAUUCAACGAACCGUCGAUGCAGCAGCGGCUCUCGAAAAGGAUGACUUCACGAAGUUUGGCGAAUUAAUGAACCAGAGUCAUGACUCUUUGCAGAAGGACUACGAGGUGUCUUCUGUGGAGUUAGACACUCUCGUAUCGUCUGCUAGAGAAGUCAAGGGUGUAUUGGGAAGUCGUUUAACUGGCGCAGGAUUUGGAGGAUGCACGGUAACGCUUGUAAGAAAGGAUGCUGUCAACGAGGUUAUCGAUGUCAUUAAAAAGAGAUAUCCCGGUAAGGCCACAUUCUACAUAGCAAAACCCGCCGGCGGUGCUCGUUAUAUGAGUACGGAUAUUGCAAAGUCUGAUUUUGAUUCCGAUAUCGAAAACGCUUAGAUAUAGGUUGUAAACUAAAGAUAUUUUUUCAUACUAAAUAAACUGGUGUCUUACCAUUCAUAUCAUAUAA